UCUUUCUCUCACUUGAGAAUCUCAGGAGAGCUCUGUCGGAUUUUGGAACGCAACCAGCAGACAUACCAAUCGAUAAUUCGAGAAAUUCAUUCGAAAUUGCUCCUCAGUUGGCAAAUCAACUCGCAACCUAAUUGCUCAACCGAUAAAAAAGAUUGUGAUGUACGUGGCUUUAUAAUACAAAAAAUCAGCUAGUUGAUAUCAAAAUGGCUCUCAACGCAGCUAAAGUUGUUUUGAAACAAGGAAAAACCGCCUUGUUAAUCUGCGACUUGCAAGAUAAAUUUGCAAAAGUAAUUUAUGAAUUUGACAAGAUUGUUACUAAUUCGUCAAAGCUGAUUCAAGCUUGCAGAAUAUUAAGUGUUCCAAUGAUAGCUACAGAACACAAUCCACAGGCCUUAGGUCCAACGGUUCCACAGUUAGACAUCACUGGGGCAAAGGGUCCUUUUUCUAAAUUGCAAUUUAGCAUGUUUACACCUGAGGUCAGCCAGGAACUUUCCUCUCUUUGUAACAGUGGACCACCAGAAAAUGUUGUUCUGAUUGGUAUUGAAUGUCAUAUUUGUGUUGAAAAUACAGCAAUCGAUUUGAUACAGAAUGGGUAUCAAGUUCACACUGUGGCUGACUGUUGUUCAUCCAGGACUCAAGAAGACAGAUUACUUGCUUUAGAGAGAAUGAAACAAAUUGGAUGUCACAUUGCAACUUCUGAAAAUGUAAUUUACAAACUUCUCAAAGAUGCAAGACAUAAAGAUUUUAAGAAAAUUCUAAGUUUGGUCAGGACUCCAUCACUUUCUACUGGACUGGUGCCAACAUCAAAAAUGUAAUAUAAAAAGUAAUAAAAAUUGUCAAGUAUUUUUUUUUCUGUAUAUUAAUAAUAGUUAUGUAUAUUGUUAAAUGGGAAAUAGUGCAAUAAUUAAAUUAUGACCA